AUGACUCAAUGCUCUGCGACCCCUGCUACUUCCACAAUGCUAGAGCUGCCUCUUCGUCGCAAGCGUGCAUCGAUAGACCCCGAUGAUGCUGAUUUCUCGUCCCCGACUUGGCUCAAGAUGCUGAAGGAUUUGGACAUACCUCCAUUCAGAGCCACUUCACCAGGGGCUACAACAGUGACAUGCAAUCACCCUCUUGUACAGACAACGAUUGCUCAGGUCUUGAAAGAUGGAUACCUCAAGAAGAUUCCCAAGCUCUUUGCAUUCGUCAAAUCUAUUAAUCUGCUAGAUGAUUGUGCUGAUGCGGUUAUCAAGGACCCAACAGGAGAGAUGAAGGCAACCAUCCAUGCAAACGUAUUGGAGGAGGAAGGCGACAAUUUGACUUCUGGCUCUUGCCUUGUGCUCCGCAAGGUGAUGGAUGUUAUCUCCCCUAUCGACAUACGCUAA